UCUUACGCAACGCCUCGGAGACCAAGUCGCAUAACAACGACAAGAGGGUCGCUUUCCUGCUGGUUCUGUAUAGGACAAGAUGGCGGCCAUCUUUCAGAAGCGGCUGCGGUGCUUCUACUGUGGGCGGCGUUCUGCGCAAGCCGAUAAAGGGCUCGUCCGCAGAUGGCACUGCAAACAUUGCGAAGCAGUAAACUAUCUAGACGAGAAUGGCGAAAUUACCGAUCCUCCUGCUGCGGAGACGAAUCCUGAAGUAUACGGUCCUGGAGCAUCAAGCCCGCCAUUCGAAUCAGUAAACUUCGCCGACUCGAGUCUGUUCUGUUCGAAGUGUCUGAGAAACCAGCAUCUUUUUACGAGCGCUUUGGCGUCUUAUUUUCCGGCCCCGGAGGACCCGGCAUACGCCGCGUACGAACGGGAAUAUCCUAAAUUUCGCCAGAACCUCGAGGAGAGAUACCCGCAAGUAUGUCAGAACUGCGAACCGCGCGUUAGGGAGCGCAUCCGUCAGGCAGGGUACGAGGCAAAGUCAGACCACCUCAGGCGGAUGAUGGAGCGCAGCAAGACAGGGAGGGUAGCGCGAAAAGCACGCAACAGGAACUGGAGGAGUCUGCUAGUCUUUGCGGGUGCCUUGGGGUACUGGGCUAGUGUCGCUGGUCAACUCGCCUGGAGUAUCAUGGGCUCUCUGAAUGCGGAGAAUGCGCCAUCUGAUUGCGGUGAUGCGCUUACUCUCUCAUCCUUUGCAGCAUGCGUCACUCAGUCGGUCAUAACGCGACGAGUUGACGAUUACUGUUCAGCCGGUCUUGCUUCUUACGCUGGCAUAGCUCUCCUCUUGGGAAUUCUGUCGCUCUGGUGGAAUCCCAAGCUGCGUUUCAAGGUAGAAGGGAGGACUGGUAGAUUUGUCGGGCUGGGAGAGUAUUAUAAGGUGCAACUCAUCGUAAUGGUCCUGAGAUCUGCCUUUUGGGCUGUGCUGAAGGACCCUUCGACGAGUGGUUUACGUGCAGACCUCCCACCAGCUCUGCAUGCAUUCAUGAUAGCUUUUACGAUCCUGUCUGUCAUUGUAUCUCGACGGGUUGUCCGAUAUGACAGUCGACCGCUUGUCUUGUGGUCGGACACUCCUUCGGCGACCCCAAACCGCAAACCUGACACCUCUGGCCUGGCUUCAACAGGCGAUGUUAAGUCUACUCCCUUCGGAGGGUCGAAAACCGAGCAGCCACUGCCGCGUUUCCCCUUCGAAAAGCUCGUAUCUGCGCCCCCUGCCCCAAGGGGUGAACCGGCCAUUCCUCCAACUCCUCCUCCGGAAGUUGAAGACAUGGAUUGGACACCGUCAUUGCGGGAGGAGAUCAAGCCCAUUUUCAGUGUCUAUGAAAAAGAGAAAAAAUCCGUUCUCGACGGGCCUUUACCCUUCACGGGAACGUUGCCGCCCGCACCAAAACCUCCUUCAUGGCAGCUUCGGAAUCCAGCUCCUCAGAAGCCGGUUGAGCGAAUCGUUCAGCCAAAUCCUUUCAAUCGCACCCCAACCCAAAACGCCGAAUGGGGACGCAGCAGGGAUAGGAGUAGCUCUGAUGUUGUCUUUGCGCCACCUAGAUUCUUUCCUGCCAGUGAUCGUGGUGUUACAGGACUCGAAUCUUUGUUUGAUCGAACAUUCACCAUCAAGUCUCCAGAGGAAGAAAGGGAUGACGACUGGCAGCGAAUGCAGAAUAUGACGAUGGCUGCGCCAUCAAAUGUUGAAGUCCCUAUUCUUUUUGCUUAUCUGAGACUUGGUCUCCUGGUUUCGUCUCUUUUCGCCUGGUUCCUUUCUGAAACCGAACAUCUGUCACUUCCGGGAGACUAUGUUGAGGUGGCAUCCCUAGGGAGCGCAAGUCUUAUUGCUGGAUUCGCGCUCCUGGAGAUACUGAAGCGACCAAUGACACAAUGGAACGGAAUGGAGAUCCUCGUAUCGACGGCAGAGCUUGUUGCAGCUGUCCAUUUAGGGGCCAAUCUGCCGGGCAUGUCGUUUGAAAGAGCAUACUUCGACCGAUACGGGAAAUCGCUUUUGGUGUUUAUGAUCGCUCAGGAGGUGCUUGGUCUGCUUUCCGCUCGUCAAAGGAUCGAACCCAAUCCCGGAACGCAGUCACAACCUGCAUCUACCGCAUCCCCCAGUCCUCAGCUCCAGAGCGCAAACUUCAGCGCGAGCUUCACUGGCGAUGCACCAAGUGCAAUUGCACCGAGUGGCUCUCAGCCUUUCUCCAACCAGUCAUUCUCUAACCAGUCAUCCGCCCCUUCCCUCUCUUUUACUGCACCCACGCUCAGUCCCAGCCUUUCAUCGCAGCCUUCGUUUCGAUCACAGCAGCCGUACCAACCAUAUAGCCUUGGCUACAAUGGUGGCUCCAGCUUUUUAUCGAAUGGUGUCAACGACCAUGAUAACGACUCCGAUGUCACUGAUCCUCUGGAGCCUGACUCGGACACGGAGACUAUAGCAACCACCAUUACGACUGCCAGCCACCACACGGCAAUCAGAAACAUGCGCCUCUUUAGGGACGACGAUUCUGAAAGUGUUCCUAGCCCCAGACGUGCUCUGGGUAAGGGUAUCAGCGGUCUUAGUCUCGACGAUAAUCCCAACUCAUCUCGUCGGACGACUCGGAGUCAGACGAAGCAAAGGGCCCAAGGCCAGACAAGUGGUUAUCGCAGGUAUCCUCAGCGUGGAAGCAAACAGAGCCUCUCCAAAUCAUGACGAUAUCUUUCUUCUCUUUCUCUUUCAAGUUUAUUUCAGUUUGGGCAGACCUGGAGUUUCUGUGGGACAAAUUUCUUUUUUUCGAAGGCGCAAUGCAAUACUUUGCAUGGAAUUAAAUAUCGACGACUCGAACCAGCGGCACUACGCUUACGAAUUUAUUGUUUUAUUCUGUUUUACUUAUCUUA